AUGGCGACUUCGACACAAUCGCAACAAGAUAGUAUAGGCAUCGCAUGGGACCAAAUGCCGAUUUCCCUCCUCCAACAGUACCGGUCCGCCAAUCUUCUUCGAACCCCGUCCGCAAGCACCCCCUACUCCGCAGCCGUCCUGUCAGCUGGAAUUGGUAAAAAGUCUGCCUCACACCGUGAUAGACAACCACAAGACUCUCUCCUUUCUGCCGUCCGUCGUCAUUUCAACAAUCAGGCCAUCAACGAGCAUGAUGUAAUUGUUAAUUUCCUUUACACCGUCAAGAACAGCGAUAGAGCUUUCAGACACCGGUUUCCGCCAGCGCGAUAG